AUGGAGCAGCAGUACAAGAAAUUUCUAGAAGUCUUCAAAAAGCUCCAUAUCAACAUCCUACUAGUCGAUGCACUAUUACAAAUGCCCAGCUAUGCAAAAUUUCUAAAAGACAUAUUAUCAAAUAAACGCAAGCUGGAGGAUCAUGAAACAAAACUAGGAUUGGGAGAGCCUAAAGCAACUAUAGUAACUCUACAGUUGGCUGAUCGAUCACUUACACAUCCACGAGGGAUUAUCGAAGAUGUAUUGGUCAAAGUGGAUAAACUUAUAUUCCCAGCAGACUUCUUAAUCCUGGACAUGGAAGAAGACAAGGACGUGCCUAUCAUAUUGGGACGACCAUUUUUGGCUACUGCAAGAGCGCUCAUAGACGUACAACAAGGAUAA